GGAUUUUCCGCGAGUUGUAAUUAUUCCUUUUCCAAGAGACAUUUAAAAAAAUAGUAUUUGUUCCCAAAAUGUUUAUCACAAGACCUGUAGUAUCCCGACUUUUCCAGCAAACAGUCCGCCGCUACCAUGCCGGCGAGUUCAAGCCGCCCAGCAUGGACGAGCUGCCGGUGCCCAAUGGCUCAUGGCAGGCCCGCCAUGAUGCCAAACAGAGACAUUACAAUUCAGUGCUUGCCUUCGGGAUUGCCUUUACUGCUUUCAGUCUUGUAGUGGCUAAGACAUCUGGAUUGGUGUACCUCAACUACUCUCCCCCCAAGUCCCUGGAUUAAAUGAUGUUUUGUUAAUAAUGUGAUCUAUGUAUGGAAAAUCAUUUAGUUCAAAUAAAUAGUGUUUAAAAAAUCA